GGGCAACAUUAUUUUUCAAAUAGUUCAGAUCCAUUUAGAUGAACAUCAGUUAGCUAUCGGAUUGGACGUGAAAAUUCCAAAAACCCAAAGUUACAAAAUUUUUUUCUCAAUCAAAACAACCAACCAACAAACAAACAAACAACAGUUACAAUUAUAUUCGCCAAAAGUGUCACAAUGCUUCACAUUCAUAAGUUGCAAGCCCAAGCCCAAGGACGGUAAAGCGGCAAUCAACAAUAUUUUUCUUCAAGUGUCAAACCAACAAACAACAAACAAACAAAAGCCUAAAAAUUAUAAAAAACUGCAAAUUGUUCUAAUUUUUUUUUUUGUUCGCAACGCUGUGUUAAUGAACCCAUCAAAUCGUAGCUUAUAUAGCUAACUAAACAUCAAAAAAAGUGUCAAAAAUCAAAACUUGAACAUAAACAACAACAACAAAAAAAAACUGAACAGCCAAGCAAAGUUGAAAGUGCAACCAAAGUGAAGUUGAAGCUGCUCAAGAACUUACGACCUAACAGGUAGGUAAGCUAUAGAAUUUGGAUUCGGAUUCGGAUUGGAUUGGCUGGCAGCGUUCCAAUUUGCUACGACCGCUGCUAACUUUUAUUGGAAAUAUAAUUUACGAGAACACAACAACAACAACAACAACAAGAAUUUUGAAACGCAACGACCAAAAAAUAAAAUCAACAACAACAAACAGCGCUUGGAAUUUCGAGCAGCGAGGCAAGUGAAGUCAAAAACUAAUUCCAAAAACGCCGACAACUUAGCCCAAAGCAGUGCAGGAUCGUUUGGAACAUUUUUGAAGCUAUUUAACAAUUGAUUUAAGGAAUUUGAUGUGAAAAAAGCAGAAAAUACAAAUUUAUACAGAGAGACAAGUAACCCACUGUGCGUGUACAGUGUGUAAAGCAUACAGCACGUUUAUAUAUAUAUCUAGGCAGAUAUAUAAGCGCAUAUAUACAUUUUUUUUUGCUAACCGGUGCAAUAUAAGCCGCCAAAAUACGCAAAAAGGUGACCACAAAGAAGGCCAGCGUUGUUGCGGCGCUCGAGGACGAUAACAACAACAACAACAACAACAACAAUAAUAAUAACAACAACAACAACGACAGCAAGCAGUACGAUAACAACAACGCUAGGCAGCCAACAACAACAGCAACAACACCAACACCAAUACCAACAACGACUACAAUUCUAGAAGAUUCAGAAGACAGCAAUAUGGACGAGACACAGCAUUUCUGUUUGCGCUGGAACAAUUACCAGAGCAGCAUCACAUCUGCAUUCGAGAAUCUUCGCGAUGACGAGGACUUUGUCGAUGUGACACUCGCCUGCGAGGGGCGCAGCAUAAAAGCCCACCGAGUGGUGCUCUCCGCCUGCAGUCCCUACUUCCGUGAUCUCUUGAAGAGCACACCCUGCAAGCAUCCAGUCAUAUUGCUGCAAGAUGUCAAUUUCAUGGAUCUACACUCAUUGGUCGAAUUCAUUUACCAUGGCGAAGUCAAUGUGCACCAGAAGUCGCUGCAGUCCUUCCUGAAGACCGCCGAGGUGCUGCGCGUCUCGGGCCUAACACAGCAGCAGGCUGAGGACACACAUAGCCAUUUGGCACAGAUACAGAAUUUGGCUAAUGCCGGCGUGCGCACGCCGUUGAAUUCACAUGCACAUCAUGGCGCGUUGCAUGAUGAUGGCGCCACGCUGUUCAGCAGCCGCCAGCAGGCUGGCUCGCCACCACCGCCGCCGCCGCAGCUGCCACAUAUCAACAAUCAGCUGCUUAAGCAUAUGGCCAUGAUGCAUCGCAAGACCGCAGCCGCCGAUGAAUCCUCGCAUGCAUUGAAGCGUCUACGCAGCGCCGACAAUGGACUACCCAACAGCAACAACAACAGUCCCGAUCUGCAGCUCCAUGCACGCAGCGCCUCGCCACAGCUCACUCCGGCCGACUUUAGCACGAUCAAGCACCACAAUAAUAACAAUACGCCACCGCUUAAGGAUGAGAAACGCAAUGGACCCAUCAAUGGCAACACAGGCAAUGCAAAUGGCAACACCAAUGGCAAUGGCAAUGGCAUCUCGAUUAUUGAAAAGCUCGGCAGCCUUACACCUUCGCCAUUGGCACGAGGUGGUGGCGGCGGCGGCGGCGGCGGCGUCGACGAUGUCAAAUCCGAGCCCAUGGAGCUUGUCUGCUCCAACAACAAUGCCAACAGCAAUGCCAAUGCCAAUGAUGAGCACAGCAAUGACUCCACCGGUGAGCACGAUGCCAAUCGCUCGAGCAGCGGUGAUGGCGGCAAAGGAUCCAUGAGCUCUGGUAACGAUGAUGAAAUUGGCGAUAGCCUUGCAUCCCACCAUGCUGCGCAGCCCUUCAUUAUGUCACCAGCUGACAAUAAAUUGUUUCCGGGCGCCGCGUUCAAUUUCCCAAUGAGCAAUCUCGAUCAUCCAGCUUUGCUUGGUCUCAACACACAAUUGCAACAAACCGGUGAACUCUCUGUCUCCCCACAAGGUGGCAGCACCAGCAGCCUACUUAGCGGCGUCAUAGUGCCCGGUGGUAGUGGUGGCAACCCUAGCAAUAAUAAUAGUAGCAACCAGAACAACAACAACAACAAUCAGCAACAACAACAAGUAGAAUCAACAACACAACUACAAGAACAACAACAACAACAACACCAUUCCAAUUCACAUAAUCCACAACAACAAAUGCACCAACAUGAGCAACGCGAACGUGAGCGAGCGUGUGAGCGAAAGACCUGCGAGUUGCUCAGCAGCAGCGAGCGCAGCUUAUCGCGCAGCUCACAAUGCGGACUCGAUGUGCUGCCCAUGCAUAGCAGCCACAGCGCCACGCCCGCCUCGUCGCCCAGCAUGAGCAACUAUCAUAAGCGUGAGCGUGAGCGCGAGCGCGAACAUGAGCGUGAGCGUGAGCGCGAAUCGGAUUUGGAUACAGCGCGCACUACACCGGGCACAGCUUCGCCACCACCGCCGCCGCCGUCGUCGUCGUCGUCCGCGUCUGCGCAUUUGUCAGCGCCGCCCACGCACUUUGGCCAGCAUGCGCUCUCCAUGCUGCAUCAUCAGCAUGCGCAUCAGCACGGCCAUGCGCAUCCGCAUCAGCUGCUGUCGCCGGGUGCGGCGCACGCUGUGGCCGCCGCAGCGCAUCAUGCGCAUGCGCUGGCACGCGCCGCUUCGCCGCUGGAGCGUCAUCACUUGCUGCAUCAGCAUCAUCGACGCGCAUCGCUCUCACCGUCGGGCGCCGCUCAGAGCGCUCAGAACAGCGCACGCGGCUCAGCGGCCGCCAACUCGGCCAGCAAUCUGCUGGCCUCGAGCGCUGCGCAAGCGAAUCGCUUGCUGCUGCCGCUGCCAUUGAACGCCUGUCAUCGCUGCGAUGUGUGCGGCAAGCUGCUGAGCACCAAGCUGACGCUUAAGCGUCACAAGGAGCAGCAGCAUCUGCAGCCGCUCAACAAUGCCGUCUGCAAUUUGUGCCACAAAGUGUUUCGCACUUUGAACUCGCUGAACAAUCACAAGAGCAUCUAUCAUCGCCGGCAGAAGAAUCAUCACUCGUAUUUCCAUCAUGGCACUGGGGUGGGGCCUGCGGGCAGUCCGGGCAGUCGGCUGCAUCAGUCGCUCAGCUCGUUGAGCGCCAAUGCGAAUGUGGGCGGCGGCGCUGCUGGUGGCAAUGCUGUUGCUGCUGCUGCUGCGGCGGCUGCUGCUGCCGCCGAGUUGUUGCUGUCGCCCAUUGUGGGUGCAGCUGCUGCUGCUGGCGGUGGCGUUACCAAUCAGGCGACAUUGCAGCUGGCGGCAGCAGCGCAUCAGCAACACCAACAGCAGCAGCAGCAGCAGCAGCAGCAGCAACAACAUCAGCAUCAGCAGCAGCAGCAGCAGCAGCAGUCGUCGCCGAACAUAGUAAAGCCUUGUAUAGAUUUCUUAUAAGAUCAGCAUCAACUAUUGC